AUUCGUUUACUCUCGCGGGCUUUGUUUUGGCAUGGCGGCAGGCUUCGAAAUUUCUGUUUGUUAUGUUUCUAUUUGGCACCGUUUCACUCCAAUGACACCGUUUCUCGCCCAUGUUGCAGCAAGCCCAGCCUGAGACAGUGCCGUCAUCAUCAUGUCAUCUCCAGCCGGGCUUCACUUCUCCCAGGCAGACUUCGUGGCCCGCUGGAUGCCAAGUAGCACCAGAGCUGGGGUCAUCCUGAGCCCGUGCCCGGAAUUGGCUGGCUCGUUGAGGCACACCUCUGCCGUGGGCUCCUCCUCCCUGGAGCCAGACGACUCCUUUGCAUCCGAUUUCGCCCCUCUGCCCGGCUCAGCAGACAGCAGCUGCCUGGGUGUGGAUGGAUUUACUCGGUCAGCUGGAGGAGAGAGGUUUGGGACUGACAUGCCAGUGAACGGUCUGUCCUCUGUGAGACAUUUAGAUGGAGAGUUGGACAGUUUGGAUGAGAUGGCAACCAAAUCGCAGGAUCUGCCCCUAAUGAUGAAGCUUGAACAGUUGAGGAAAUGGCAGCAGCAGAUGCAGGAGCAGCUAAAAGCCCAUCAGUUGGAGGAGCUGUUUCGCCUCCAGGAGGAGCAGCAGAGGCUGCUGGGAAUGAUGGAUGGAUCUCAGAACUGUGCAGGAGAUGAGACAGGACUUUCAGAUCUGUCAGAAUCAGACUGGCAGGACGACACCUCUUACAGCCCCUCCACAAACUGCCGUGGAGUCCCACAGGAAUCAACCCGAGGCCCUCGACAGGAACAAGAGUCCUCACCUGCACAGAGCCAGGAACGGCUACACAGAGGUCAAGAUUAUCUGGAGGUGGAGGUGGAGGAAGAGGGCACGUGGAACCCCAGAGAGGGUGAUCAGGAACAGAGUGACCUUACUAAUCAUUUUGAUGUGCACGAUGACACUUUAAUUCCAAAUAACGGUUUGGCUGUGACUGAAGAAAACAGCAGUGAAAAGGAUGAAGUCUUUCAUGACAGACCUAUACAGUCGGGUAUCGUGGGUCAGAAGAAGACCUUCGAGGAGUUGUUGGAGGAGCAGCUGAGGCUGGAGGAGCAGAGACUGAAGUCUGCCCCGCAACAGCAGAGCCAUACGGACGCUAUACAAGCUCCUCCCAAAAAGGCCUUUCUGAAGCGCGGCGAGGGCCUCUCAAGAUUUACCAACCCUCGCAAAGCCUCGUUACCAGAUAUGGAGUUGAAGAAAGAUCCCAAAUCACAACUCAAGUCCAGAGCUGUCUCCCGCAGCAACUCGGAGCCUUCAUCUUUCCAGAAAGGCGUCACAAACGGCACCCAGCGACUUCCUGUCCAGCGUAAAACUGCAACGCUCAACAAGGAAAACAGACAGAGAAGUUUCAGCUCAGCACCUCAGGAUUUAAAAUUUGAGAGCAAGACUGCACGGAUGAAGGUGUUGGGUAGUCAUCAGAGACAGAACACAGAGAAAGCUGAGCCACUUCAAACUAACCCAGAGGGUAGACAAAUCAAACAACAUCAGCCCGGGCAGUUAAAGGAUCAGAGUAAUAGAAACGUGGGCCAGGCUGCUAGGCACAUGCAGCCAAACCCGGUAACCAAACAGGUGGGCAUCUUAAGAGCACCAGGGAAGGCUGGAAGUGUUGUCGCUAGAGGAGAAUCGGCAGACGGAGGAGACGGAGUUCCACAGGAUUCGUUUGAGUUGUCGUUCCAGGAGAAGCUCCACCGCUGGGACUGUGACCUGCAGAUAGAAAACAUGGAGCUGGGAGAGUUUGAGCUGCUGGAGCAGGCGGCCGAGGAGCUGUCCUUCUCCUCCAACUCCUCCUUUGUCAUGAAGGUUCUUCAGAUGGACCUGCAGCACAGGAGGCUCCACCCACGACGGCUCUCCUCCACCCCCAUCAAGUCACCACCGAAGGCUACAGGUCAGGGGAGCAGUGGUGUAGCCAGUGGGAGUGAUGAGGCAAUGAACUCCAUGAAGUGCGAUGAAGAUGCUCUCAUAAACGGCAUUACGGAUAAGACGGAACUGAACGAUGUGCGAGAAGAGAAGCACGAGAUCUCUGAUGUUUCAUCAUGUGACUCUGAAUUUGAAGACCAGGAAGUAGUGGUCAAACCAGGUCUGUUUCCCAGCACCCUUUGCUUUCCGGCACAGUCUAACCCUCCAUAUGACAAGCGGUCAUAUCAGGACGAGGACAGCUGCAGGGACUCAGAUGUGACACAAAAUGAGGAGGACAGUGACAGCGUCCUGAGCAACGCCGACGACUCGACUCUGAUAGAGGACAGGCAGCGAGGGGGGGUUGUGUUUGAUGACGACGACACGUGGAACGACCUGGAGGACACCGCAGUCGCCACAGCCAAUGAGAGUAGAGGAGAUAGUCCGGUUUCCAACGGGAUCCCACCCCCGAUGCAGACUCUCUUGAGGAAGGUGGCCGCCAGUAAAGUUGUGGAGCUGGAAAAGGAAACAGAGCUUCCUCCUGCCUCCCAGCUCAUGACCAGGUUGUUCCCCGCGCUGAAGCCAAAGAACCCGAAUGCACCUCUCCCUCCUCCUUCUGUUGCAUCUGAGUCCAAAAGGCCAGAGGAGGAGACGGUCCAGCAGGUCCAGUCCCGACAGCUGAGGGAGAGACUGGUGGAGCUGGAGAUAGAGAUCGAGAGAUUUAAGAAGGAGAACGCUGCCCUCACCAGACUCAGACAGGAGAACGAGAAAAACCAGGAGGACCUCAGGAAAGAGCGUCUGGAGUUUGAGCAGACAAAGGUAGAGGAGCUGGCUAAGUUUGAAGAGUAUAAGAGGGAGGAGAACCGGAAGCUGCAGAAGGAUCGUAAACUGUUUGAGAAGCAUGCGUCAGCCGCCAGAGCCAUACCUGACAAGAAGGAACGAGAGGAAAUCCAGGCGUUGAAGCAGCAGCUGAGCUCUCUGCAGGAGGAGCUGAGUGGCAGGGAGAGUCGCUGGAGCUCCACCAACAGCCGUCUGCGGCAACAGAUCGAAUCCCUGAGCCAAGAGAAGAGCGCCCUAAAGGAUGAGAUACUUAUGUUGGAAAAGCUCCGCCUGAGUGCCUGGAAGAAGAACUCAGAGGAGAAGGACAAAGAAACGAGAGACGCUCCCAAAAUGUUUGAGAACAAUGUGCCCAAAGGAGUGAAAUUCGCUCUUCCUCUGGACUCCAGGAGAAGCAGCUGUGCAGCAGCCAUCAGACGAGGCUCCAGAGACAUCAGUCAGGGAACUUCAGCAGCGAUGAAGAGCAGCCUGAGGAGGCCAUCCGGUGCCGGCCCCUCUUCCUCAUCGUUGCUGCCCGUCAACAAAACAGACGAGACAUCGAUUCCUGCCGGGACGAGUCAGGACAAAUCUCCAAAUCAAGAAUCCUCAACCAGCAGCUCUCCAACGAGAGACAUGAGAACACAAUCUCUACCUCAAGAGCCAGAGUGCAGCGAGUUCAACGAGCCAGAGUCUGAUCAGGAGGUCGUUACACACCCCGAUGGGAAGACAGAGAAGGUUCUGACUGGAGGCGAUCGUCUCAUCGAAUUCCCCAACGGGACGAAGAAGGAGGUGUCAGCGGACGGACUGACGGUCAAAGUCACCUUCUUCAACGGAGACACCAAAGAGGUCACAGCCGACCAGAGAGUGGUCUAUUACUACGCUGAGGCUCAGACGACACACAUCACGUACCCAGAUGGAAUGGAGGUGCUGCACUUCCCCAACAACCAGACUGAAAAACUUUUCCCAGGUGGCCGCAAAGAAAUCACGUUCCCAGACCAGACGGUGAAGAAUCUGUUCCCCAACGGUCGGGAGGAGAGCGUGCUGACGGACGGGACCGUCAUACAGGUCAACUCGGACGGCACUAAAGAGAUCCUCUUCAACACGGGCCAGAAGGAGAUCCACACGGCCGACUACAAGAGAAGGGAGUACCCCGACGGCACGGUGAAGACGGUGUACACAGACGGCCGGCAGGAAACACACUACCCCACCGGACGCAUCCGGAUCAAAGACAGAGACGGGAACGUCACCCUGGACAACAAAGCGUAGCAAAAACUGCAUCUCAAAUGAGGGCAGCUGGACGGGAUCAGUGCUUAUUUUACACGUCAUUCCAACACUCUGCCAUAGUCAACCUGUUGGAUUAAGCUAUAAGCCUUUUUAAUAACAUUUAAAUUAUUGUUUUAUUUACCUCAAGGACUCACUCAAAACUGUUUGCUGGAAAGCUCCGCCUUCUGUCUAAAAAAGUCAAAUCCAAAAGUCAAGGUUUGUGCCAGGAUAUCUUUCAGUUAACCGAUCCCCCUCCUUCACUCAGUUUCAUACUCACCGUUUACAUUCCAAGGACAUUCAGUUGGAGCGUCAAGUGUUUGUUUACAACCAUUUUAAUUUGUGUAAGUGUUAAAUAUGUAUUUAUUUUCCUAGCUUUCUGUACAUUUUUGUAAAAUAAAUGUUACCUUUUGCUUUUAGAA